CGUCCAUACGCAAUUCUACGCCUGUGCAUAGAGGCCACCGGGAGCAACGGGAGCGAUCCGACGGGGCGGGCGGAACAACUAAACGAGCGCCCCGACGCUACGACGUGCUCUGUCUUCCUGGCUCGUCAAAAAUCGUCACCGUUUACCCGCGUUCAUUGAACAGCCCACUUUGUUUGGCGGGACCGAGCUCAGGAGCGGCCACUCUAUCAAAUAAUCGGUGAUAUAACGACACAGUAAGCGUUUAGAUGCAAUUCUUGACGUGUUAUAAGCUGCCGAGGUCGUUUUAGCUAACGUUAGUAAGACACAAUGCAGUUUUCUAGCAGAAGAAGGAAGCCGGUCUCCAACCCUCAGAUGGAGCUCUAUGAACACUCUCUGCAGUUCUACGGGGAGCCUCCCCUUGAGAACAUGUCUCUCGCUGAAUUCGAGACAUUCGCUGUGGACAGACUGAAAUUGUUGAAGACCAUUGAGAAUUUGGGAGUGAGCUACGUGAAACUGUCGGAGCCGUACGCAAAGAAACUGGAGUCCGAGUUUAAAAACCUGAGCUUUCCCUACAGACCAGAGGCUGAUGACCGGAAACCUCAGAGUGGACCAAAUGAAUAUGACAAACGAAGAAAGGACCACAUCUCCCACUUCAUCCUCAGACUUGCGUACUGCCAAACGGAGGACCUGAGACGGUGGUUUAUACAACAGGAAGUUGAUCUAUUCCGCUACCGCUUCAAUGAACUGCCUGCAAAACAAAAGCUUGAGUUUCUCCACAGAAAUAAUCUGCAAUAUGACACAAUUAGUGUCGAGGAGAAGAAGUCUCUGCUGGAUAAACUUGUCAACUCCAGUUACGCCGUCAGUGGAAUCACUGUGGAGGAUCAGGACUUCUACAAAGUCCCAUUUCAAGAUGCCCUGGAUCUAGUGCGAACAAGGAAGGUGUACCUCAAAGCAGGCUACGUGUACAUCCCUCACCAAGACAUCGUCACCAUUGUUCUGAAUGAUUUCCGAACCAGGCUUUCUAAAGCUCUCGCACUGACAGCCCGCUCGUUACCAGCAGUGCAUUCUGAUGAACGGCUCCAACCGCUGCUUAACCACCUCAGUCAUGCCUAUGUUGGCCAGGACUACAGCAUCCAGAAGAAUGUCGGGAAAAUCUCCCUGGAACAAAUUGAUUCACUUUCAGGAAAGUCAUUCCCGCUCUGUAUGAGGCAACUCCACCAGAGCCUCAGAGAGAACCACCACCUCCGUCACGGCGGUCGCAUGCAGUACGGCCUCUUCCUCAAAGGCAUCGGCCUCUCUCUGGAGCAAGCUUUGCAGUUCUGGAGGUCCGAGUUCAUAAGAGGCAAAGUGGAUGCAGACAAGUUUGACAAAGCAUAUGCCUACGGCAUCCGCCACAUGUUUGGCAAAGAAGGCAAGCGAGCAGACUACACCCCCUACAGUUGCAUGAAGGUGAUUUUAUCAAACGCACCCAGCCAAGGCGACCAUCAUGGAUGUCCAUUUCGACACAGUGACCCAGAGCUGCUGAAGCAAAAGCUUCAGUUCUACAAGGUGUCUCCCAGUGGAAUCAGUCAGAUCCUGGAGCUGGUUAAAGGAAUGCACUAUCAGCUGGCGUGCCAGAAAUACUUUGAGCUGACGCACAAUAUCGAGGACGCAAAUUUCUCGCUCAAUCACCCCAACCAGUACUUUAUUGAGAGCCAGAGGGUUUUGGGCGGAGGCAAGGACAUGAAGCGGGAGAUGGACGCUCCGCAGAGGUUGCAGGAAAUCUCCGCCGCCAAAGGAAACAACACGCCUCGAGAGGCUGCCACAAAUGACCCCCAGGGUUUGGCCGAGAUGACGGAGGAUCUGGACUCAUUCUUUCAAGAUGCCUGAUUUUCUUUUUUCUUUUAUACUUGUAGAAAUAAAUAUUUGUUUGUCUUUUUCUAUGAGAACUUGGGGAUAGGGGCAUGGUUUAAGGCUGCAGCUGCCAAUUAUUUUCAUUGUUGAUUAAUCUGACGCAUUUUUUUUUUUCUCUGUUAAUCGAUUAGCUUGCUCUAUAAAAUAGUUGAUAAUUGUUGCAGCUAUACGUGGACCAUAUUCUGAUCUGAGUCAUCUGUAUCUGACAUGUUAACUAUUAAAGUUGAAUAUCAGUAAUUUCACAAUAAUGUGUUAGUCUCAUUCUCACUGGGAUCAGACUGAUUGGACUUAAUUCAAAGCUAAACAUCAGACCGAAGCAGAUUUUUCGACAUUAAAAUUCCCUGUUCACAUGUCAGUGACGCGGCACCAUUCAUUUUUCUGUUUAACCCGUGUGUUAACAGAAGCCUCACAGUUUGUUUUGCGGCCUUUGUGUUUUUUUCCACUGUGGUCUGAACUCAGGCUGCUUAUAGCCAGUCUCAGUGCGCAGUGUUUUGGCAGGGACUUGGUUUUGGGGGUGAUGACUAGAACAUUUCCCAGCUGUCUCAGAAACAAUGUCAUUGUAUUUGCUGGCAGGAGUGUGGAUGAAUGGUGGCAGGAGGAUAGAUGAAAAUAAACAAUUUCCACAGUUGUA